CGGCAUACUCUUCACCUAAAGGACCUCGGACUCUUGAAACAUGGAGGGUACAGGAAGGGUGCACUUGCCUCCAGCCAUGGUGUGGUGUGAGCGGGGCAUCCAGGUGCUCCUCACCACCGUGGGAGCGUUCGCGGCCUUCACCCUGAUGACGGUGGCCAUCGGCACCGACUACUGGCUCUACGCCCGUGCCUUCAUCUGCAACAGCACAGCCAACUCCUCCAACCAGGACGACCCCCACAACAAGGACAAGAAGGAUCCGGGCGCCCUCACCCACUCUGGCCUCUGGAGGAUCUGCUGUCUAGAGGGGCUGAAAAGAGGGGUCUGCUCCCAGAUCAAUCAUUUCCCAGAGGAUGCUGAUUACGACCAAGAUGCUGCAGAAUAUCUCCUACGUGUGGUGCGUGCCUCCAGCAUCUUCCCCAUCCUGAGUGCCAUCCUGCUGUUGCUGGGCGGAGUGUGCGUGGCCUCCAGCCGCUUCUACAAGACCAAGAGGCACAUCAUCCUGGGGGCGGGCAUCCUGUUCGUGGUGGCAGGCCUGAGCAACAUCAUCGGCGUGAUCGUCUACAUCUCGGCGGCGCUCAGCGACAUCUCGCCGAAGAAGGACGAGGACAAGAAGUGGCACUACUCGUACGGCUGGUCCUUCUACUUCGGCGGCCUCUCCUUCAUCCUGGCCGAGGUGGUGGGCGUGCUGGCGGUCAACAUCUACAUCGAGCGCAACAAGGAGCUGCGCUGCCGCUCGCGCACCGACCUCCUGCGCUCCACCACCUCCGCCGUGCUCCGCCUGCCCGGCUACCGCUUCCGCCGGCGCUCGCGCUCCAGCUCGCGCUCCACCGACCCCGCCGCGCGCUCGCGCGACUCCUCCCCGGGGCCCGCGGCCAAGAACUUCGGGCCGCCGCUGGCGGCGGGGCCCCCGCCGUUCUCCGUGGCCACGCUGCCCAACCCGCACACGCACAGCGGCGGCGGCGGCGGCGGCGUGGGCGACAUCUCGAUGUACACGCUGUCGCGGAGCGAGAAGCCGCCCAUGUACGGCACGGUGGACCGCGCCGCGCUCUACCAGCUGCACAACUACUUCCCCGAGAAGGGCACCGAUGGCAGCGGCGGCGGCGGCCUGAUGACCGGCACGCUGCCCUCGCUGUCCAAGUCCAACCUGGCCGCCUCGCUGCAGAGCGCCACCGCCACGCUCAACACACUGUCUUCCAGCGGGGGAGGUGGGGGAGGAGGAGGAGGAGGAGGAGGGGGAGGCGUCGGGCAGCAGGCGCCGUCGUCCACCGCCACCAUGGAGCGCAACCGCGAGCGCGGCCACGGCACGCUGGACCGGCUGGACCGCAAGGGGGACAGCUCCAACUCCAACACGCUCAACCGGAGGACCACGCCCGUCUGA